AAUGAUAAUAUAGGGCGAACGAACCCAGGGCGAACGGACCCAGGGCGAACGUGUAACUAGGGCGAACGGACCAAAUACCCGAUCUGUUAUGCACGUCUGCACCUAACAUCAACCCGAUAAAACACUUUUAUAUAAGAUGUCAACCAGCUCAGAGAAGAUACUGGUCGCUUUUGAUUUUGACCAUACACUGGUUGAUGAGAACUCAGAUAUCGAGAUAAUCAAGCUGUGUCCAGGUGGUAAAGUGCCUGCAGAUUUAAAGCAUCAAUGGAAAAAGACUGGCUGGAUACCUUAUAUGGGAGCCAUAUUUGAAUAUUUGCAUGAAAAUAGUGUGACAGAGAGUGAUAUGAAAAACAUUAUAGCAAACAUUCCAUUUACCCCUGGAAUGUCAGAUUUGCUGGAAUAUUUACGGAAUAGUUGCUUCGAAGUGAUUAUUAUUUCUGAUUCCAAUUCAGUGUUCAUUAACACUGCCCUAGAACAGAAGGGAUUUAAAGAUGUCGUGGAUAAAGUGUACACAAAUCCAGCACACUAUGAUGAAAAUGGUUUACUGAAGAUAGCAUUUUAUCACUUCCAGGAUUGGUGUGACCUCAGCACAGAGAACAUGUGUAAAGGUCAUAUACUUGAAGAGCAUAUUAGGCAAUCUGACAGUAAGUACAGGUAUGUGCUGUAUGUUGGUGAUGGAAUCAAUGAUUUCUGCCCAGCUCUGAAGUUGAAGGAGACCGAUUAUGUAUUUCCAAGGGAAAAUUACAGUUUAUGGGAAGCACUAAUCAAACCAGAUGAAGGUGAGGGCUCAGACAAAGGCCAGCCAGCUGUCCAGGCUCAGAUUGUUAACUGGAGUUCUGGUUUGGAAAUACGCGAAGUGUGUAAGAAAUUGUGUGAAGAAAAGUUCCAUGAGUCUUGUAAUCUUUAGUAGAAUUGUUUUCUUGACAUUGAUGUGCAAAUAAGUUGCUUGUUUUACAGCAAUUUGUCCAUAAACAGAUUUACAUGUAAGUAGAUAUCAUUUAGUAUCAUUAAGUUUCAUACAUUUAAUACUCGCUCUGGGAAAAACAAGCUCAAUGCAUAGGCUGAUAAGUGUUGUCUGGGCUCCAGAAUAGCAUGUGCAGUCUGCCCUGAGUCUGCACAGGCUAUUAAGAUAUUUCAGCUAUGAUAUUUUUUAUUUAAAGGAAUUUUCUUUUUAACAAUAAAAAAACAGUCUAUGUGAACAUUAUCUGAAAAUCUCUAAUCAGCCUUUGCAGACUGCUCGAGUGUGCAUGCUUAUCUGGGAUGACACUUAAGGGCUCACUCUGCCAUUUCCCGAAGUAGCCAAUGACUACAUAUUGACCGAUAUGGCUUAAAAAAUGCAUUUGGUAAUAACUAUUAACUUUUCAUUUAUAAGUACCCAUUAAAUAACCAAAAUAAGGAGAAAUUUACAAAACCAAGUCUAAAUAAAGAUUUUAGUCAAGGUAAGCCCUGCCUUUUACAUGCCUGCAUUAAGCCCUGUUUUCUCAGAGUGCCAAUCAUAUCACUUAGUAUCAUACAUAUUAAAUUGUUGAUAUUUAUUUAAUGGUGAUCUCAGUUUUAAGUUGAAUGUUGGAUGCAAACAAUAUUAAUUUCUUUGUAAUAAUAACUCCUGUGACUGUAGAACAGAUUUUUUCCUUUUUAUUUGAAUUUUAAUUUAUUGGGUUUGUAAGUUGGUCUUUUAUUCAAAAUGCUUUACUUACCACAUUGAUGUCAUUUAAUUAUUAGGUAAUAUUAAUACUAUUUUAUGCUGCUAUGCAUGUAACGUUUCGGUGCGCAUUUGUUUGUUAUUAUCAUGUUAUGUAAAAAUUGGCAGUAUUUUUUAUUAAAAAAGAGUUGUAAUGGUUAAUUGUUUGAUUCUUACUAGUAUGGGUACACAUGUAUUUAUAUUGUUACUAUUUGUAAAUACACAUGUGAAGACAAUCAUGUAGUAAAGGAUACAUAUUUUA